UAAGAUUAACUUUGGGCUACGUGAAGGCAUGUCUGGCAACAAACUAGCAGUCAAGCAUCAUUUCUUUGGUUGUGUCUAACAUAUCGGAAGGUACAAUUUAAGCAAUGCAAUGCGGAAAACAAACAGCAACCUAAGGCUAUGGUUGAGGUGAUGACGUUAUGAAGCAAAGUGAAACAAGAUUACAAAGAGCCCCCCUUCCCCAUCUUGGCUGGAUCUGUCAAAACCACGCCUAUGGAACUCUACAAUUGGUCCAGAAAGCGUAAAAUCGGCAAUCAAGGAGGGAUGCUUCAUUAGUGUGUGGAAACAGAGGGGGAGGAAUAUGCGAGACAGUCACUGUGGCGAGGCAACAGGACCUAGAGCUUAUAAACUGUGCUCAAUUUGUAUGCCUUUUUCUUCAAGAGUUUUUUAUUUUUUGGUUUGACGGAACCUGAGAAGAAGAGGAUCCUUGGUUAUACUUUGAAAGCGCGAACACUGUCUUUUGGAAGGAUAUUAUCUCUACUUCGUCGGAGCACCGGCACUGGGAAUAGCCUACCAGAUUAUUUCCCUCUGCAGUCACGGGGCAGUGUGUGGCUUUCGCUGUCGACUUCGGGCUCACACUUUCUGCCAAUAGCGACAACUGAACAUUUCCUCUGAGCUGAAGGCUUUGUGGGUCAACGUAUAGCCUAAGAAUAUAAUAUUUCAUAUCGAUAUUUUUGGAUGCACCGAUGAGAGAUCCAGUUUACACGGGGACUAACAUGGCUUAUCACCCUUUCCACGCUCACCGGGCGGCUGACUUCCCCAUGUCAGCCUUUCUUGCCGCUGCUCAGCCGUCUUUUUUCCCGUCACUGGCGCUGCCACACGGUGCCCUGACGAAGCCACUAUCGGACCAUGCUCUCUCUGGGGCGGCGGAGGCUGGAUUGCACGCUGCGUUGGGGCAUCACCACCAGGCGGCCCAUCUUCGGUCUCUAAAGAGCUUGGAACCGGAGGAAGACGUAGAGGAUGAUCCAAAAGUUAUCUUAGAGUCAAAGGAUCUGUGGGAUCAGUUUCACAAAAUUGGCACUGAAAUGGUCAUAACAAAGUCAGGAAGGAGAAUGUUUCCGGCCUUCAAAGUUCGGGUAAAUGGCCUAGAUAAAAAAUCAAAGUAUAUCCUCUUGAUGGAUAUAGUUGCCGCCGAUGACUGUCGAUACAAAUUUCACAAUUCCCGCUGGAUGGUUGCUGGAAAAGCCGAUCCGGAGAUGCCCAAGCGAAUGUACAUCCAUCCAGACAGUCCUGCUACGGGCGAGCAAUGGAUGGCUAAGCCUGUUACUUUCCAUAAACUCAAGCUGACGAACAAUAUAUCGGAUAAACAUGGAUUCACUAUACUGAAUUCCAUGCACAAAUACCAACCCCGGUUUCACAUCGUCAGAGCCAAUGAUAUUUUGAAGCUUCCAUACAGCACCUUUAGGACUUAUCUUUUUCCAGAGACGGAUUUCAUUGGCGUCACUGCAUAUCAAAAUGACAAGAUCACUCAGUUAAAAAUUGAUCACAACCCGUUCGCGAAAGGAUUCAGGGACACGGGAAAUGGGCGGAGAGAAAAAAGGAAACAAUUAAGCCUUCCUUCGCUGCGCAUGUACGAGGAGCAGUGCAAAGUGGACCGAGAUGGAGGAGACUCAGAUGCGUCCUCUUGCGAACCAUCGACUGGGAGAGACUCCGUUCACUCCCCGCUUGGGAACGUUACCAGUCCACUUAAAUUGAUCAGGAACAGUCGAGAUGACAAAACCUGCACUGAAAGCGACCAAGAACUUGACCACCAGGAGGACAGGUCCAGCCCUGGCCCUGCCUCCCCGUCAUCUUUCAGCCCGCUCUGCGAGGACAGGGCGAAAGACAGGACCAGCGUGGACAAGAGGAGUGACAGCCUGGACUCCAGGAAAGACUCUUCAGACUCCAUUUUCAGCAUCAGGAACCUCGAGAAGAGCAAGGGAGACUCAGCGAGUCGGAAAGACUCCGAGGCCUCCAAGAAGGACAUGGAGUGCUCGGGCAUGAGCGGGAUCAAGGAGGGCUACUCUCCGCUCAUGGUGCAGACAGAGAGUCCGUCGCACUUCAGUGCGAGUCACCUGCAGAGUCUGGCCCUGUCCGGCCUGCAUGGCCAGCAUUUUUUUAAUCCGUUGAGCGGUGGACAGCCGCUGUUAUUUCACCCGGGACAGUUCGCCAUGGCCCCGGGGGCCUUCUCCACCAUGGGGAUGGGACACUUUCUGGCCUCUAUGUCUGGAGCUGGAGGCAUGGAGAAUGGAGGUCUGUCCUCUCAAAGUGCCAGCGCAAGUGCUUUCCCUUACCACUUAACCCAGCACAUGCUGACGUCUCAGGGUAUUUCGAUGCCUCCCUUCGGGGGCCUGCUCCCGUACCCCUACACCUACAUGGCCGCGGCAGCAGCAGCAGCCUCCGCACUGCCCUCUGGUGGCGGCGCCUCUUCCCUCGGCAGGAGCGCUUUCCUGGGCAGCUCACGGCCGCGCCUGCGCUUCAACCCCUACCAGAUCCCUAUGUCCAUCCCGCAGAGUGGCCUGCUCUCUGCUGCCGGCUAUCCGAGCGGUAUGAACACGGAGUCCGAGUCCUCCGUGUCGGCCAGCCGGGAGGCGAGCCCGGUGUCGGAGCACCACAGCUCCAAGUCCACAGCCGGUCAGAGGACUGGCUCUCCCAAAGCCACUGUGAAGGAUUCUAUGAACGACUUGCAAAACAUACAGAGGCUGGUGAGUGGGCUUGAAAGGAAGAAGGAGGCUGCGUCAUCAUCGGGCAGAGAGUCCCCGAAAUGAUGACGUGCAUCAUCUUCAGACACUUCACGAUGAUACAUUCUCAUGAACACCCAUGUUUGUUUUUUUUGUACUCGUGUGCAGCAGUCAAGCAAGAACCGUUGACAUAGAGCAGAGAGUUCUUUUGUCAGAUGUUGGACGUAUAUCCAGAUGAUGUAUGCAGGAGGUCACAAUUCCCUUCAUAGUUGGUAGACAGAAACCGGAUGAUCCCAUAAUGCCUUUGUCUGUCAUAAGUGAUGGCAGGUUAUGGUGUAAUUCCUGUGAGCCUGUUUGGUGAAAUGAGCCAAUGGCAGGCAUCCACUGACUAAGGAAAGUCAUCUGAGAAAGAAGGUUGUGUAGAAGGAGGUCUACGACUAUGUGUUAUCCCAACAUACAGUAGCUACAUCCAAAUAUGCAUGGUAAAAGGGAUGGGAGAGCUGAGAUCAGCAUGAUAGAUUCUGGAUAUUUUGCUGGUUAGCUGUGUGUGUGUGUGUGUGUGUGUGUGUGUGUGUGUGUGUGUGUGUGUGUGUGUGUGUGUGUGUCUGUGUCUGUGUCUGUGUCUGUGUGUCUGUCUGUGUGUGACCUUUGUUUUUUAUUAUUAUUUAUGUAAAUGAAAGUAAGAUAUUGUUGUAAAUAUGUUCAAUGCAUUGAAGGACAUAGUCUUAAUUUAUUUAAAGUUGUACAUGGAUGUGUAAAUAUUGUUAGGUUUUAAUUUGUUACAUUUAUAUAAAUAUAUUACCUUUUACAUGACAAUAUACUGUAAAUGAAUACUAAUUAGUGCUUGGUGGUUUGAAACGAAUGUGUUUGGGUAUUUGUGAUGCAUUGCUGUUACGUUUGCCAGACCUGUGAAGGAAAGGAUUGCCAUCACAACUUUGUCCAGCUUUCAUUAUGUUUCUUUUUUUACAUAAUAAAACAUUUGCGUUGCUAUAUAGACCAUUUUUGAGACAGUGAUGCAAUAUAGGCAGGGAAAACUCAGGUUUCUUUUUAAUCUGGCAUGUGUGACAUUUACAAUUUUCAGAAGAACUCAAAUUUGCCUCUUGUGCUGGAUGUUCGGGUAAAUGGAUUUUAUUUUUUCUUGAAUUCUCUCUAUUUCAAUAAAAAGAAUGUGUUGUUAA